AAUUGAUAAUUUAAAAUAUCCGGUUUUCCAUAUCGUACCGCCCACCAUAUAGAGUUUUAUCAUAAUGUUAUUUUUAGUUGCAAAUAUGUGGAAAUUCCAAAACGUGAUGAAUUAGAAAUUGACAGUUACUUGGAUUUGGAACUAGCUAAUAUGUUGUGGAUAUUACACAAUAAUGUCAACAGAUCUUAGUUCUGCUUCUGUACCUCAGUUUUAUAGACAAUUAUUUGAUGCUUGUUCAAAUGAUGGGCAACCAAUACUUCCUGAAGUUUAUCAAAAUUUACUUACUAAAUGUAAAUUAUCUACUGCCCAAAUUGAAAAAAUAUAUAAUCUAAUUAAACCUUCUUCUGAAGGUAUUAAUAGAACCAAUUUUUAUAAAACUCUUGCCUUGAUUGCUUGGAGUCAACAAGGAAAACAACUAUCUGAUAAGUUAUUUGAAAAUUGUACAGAAAAAGAAUAUCCAACUCCAGAAAUCAAUGAUGUAGCUCAAAUGAGAAAUCUGAAAAUACAACUUUACAAGAAACAGGGUUUAAAUACAUUUAGUUAUUGUUCAAUUAUAAAAAGAGAUUCUAUAAAUGUUCAUUUAGUACCUGAAAAGAAAGGAUUAAUUUUAAAAUACUCAGAGUAUAUUGUUACUUCAGAAAGAUUCAAUACUAAAGUUACCAGAAGAUACAAUGAUUUUGUUGCUUUAAAGGAACUGUUACUUAAUAGAUUCCCUUACAGACUAGUUCCAUCUUUACCGCCCAAAAAAAUUGUUUCUGAUGCUCACUUUUUAGAAUCUAGAAGGAGAGCUUUACAAAGAUGGUUAACACUAGUUUGCAGACAUCCAGUCAUUUCUCAGGACCCUAUCAUGAUAUUUUUUCUUGUUGAACAGGGUUCUGAUUUUCAACAUAGGAUAAAGGAUGUAUUUGGAAGAGUACCAGAUGAGUUCACAACUUCAGAUAUUGCAGCCACUGCUAAGGAACUACUACCACCAGAAUAUAGCCAGAUGGCAGUAAACUCUCAGAAUAUAAGAACUCUUGUGAAUGUUAUUGGUAAAAUGAAGCAUCUAACAGAAGAAAAUGUUGAGCGAUGUAAUUCGUCAGGACGAGACUUUGACGAACUUAUCAACCAAAUUAAAAUUCUCAGCACACUAAAUAUUGAACGAGCUCAAAACAGUAUAGAAAAUUGGGGUGACAUGCAAAAAGGAUUAGAUAUUAUGUCCAGAGAAAUGCCAAUACUAUCAAAUAAAUUAAAUCAACAUGGGUACUUACAACAAAAUGAGGUAUGUGAAAGACUAGGAUUACUAUUGGAUAUAUUAGUUGCACAUAAAGAUUUGUGUGAACGGUUAGAAAAAGGUCUACAUCAUGAUCAUGCAGCUGCUCUUUCAAAAUUGCUGUCUAUGAAAAAAAGAAAAAUACAGGGUGUUAUUAGGGGAACAGAUGCUGAAAGUGUUGAACAUUUAGAAUCCAAAAUGUUAACUCAAGAAAACGUGAUUACAAAUAUGGAAUUACGGGCAGAUUUUAGUUUAUAUUGUGUACAUAUGGAAACUCAAUUAGUAUAUGCAUAUCUAGAAACACUUGCGGAUAUUAUGAAAAAUUUAAUGAAUCUCCAAAUCAAAUCUCAUUUUGAACUACAUGACAUUUGGAAUAGAGUGCAAACUUCGGUCCAACCAUUUUUUCGUUGUGAUAAUUUCAACGGUGAUGUUUUAAACAACAAUUAGUCUAUUUAUUUAUAUAACUUGUACAUUUUAAUAACAAUAUUCAAUUUUGUUAUGUAUAUUCAAUACUUAUAAAAGUGUAAAUAUAAAGUAUUUAAAGGUUAUGGGAACAUAUUUAUAAAUUGAGUUAUUCAAUAUAUUUUAGUAAAAAUGUUGAUCUAAUUGCCGAUAAAUAAUUGUUUAAGGUGUCGGGAUCAUAAAGCGAUCGAUGUUAAAAAAUAAAAAUAAUUUCGUUUAUCUUGACAAUGUAAUAAUGCUAUUAUAAUUAUUAAUUGCUUAUAGAACAUUUUUUAAAUCGAGAACAAUGAAGAUGACACACUAUAAUUUGUUUGGUAUAAAAUAAUAUUAGCAGUUCCACCUUUUUCUAAUCAUGAUUAAAUGCUACUAUUAGAUGUAUAAAAAUGGAAUAGAAUAAGUUUUUUCUUCUAAAAAUUAUUCCACUGUUUACCAUUCUUAUCAGUCACAAGUUUCGCAUGCUUCACUAUAAUGGAUAAGGUCAAUAAUUUGUUAAUUAGAUAGAUAAAUAUAAGCUUGGUUUAUGCAGCCAAAAUUAAAACAUUAAACUAAAUAGAAAUUUCCUAUAUGGGUCCUUUUUGUUAUACAAAUGUGGAAACCUCCUGACACUGUCUUAUCAUUGUUCCAUCGUCGAAAGGGCAUUGCUAACCAUCAGACAUUGCAUUUUUUUUAUAUCACUUUUAAAAUUAAAACACGACGGCGGAAAGCGGCGCAUUAACGUGAAUAAAUUUCCAUAACCAAAUAACAAGGAUGUUGUUAUAUACCAUUUCAGUGUCUCAACAAAUAAUUUAAUUAGUUAGUUUAAUGCUAAUUUUUAAUUUUGGCUGAUAUAGUAACAUGUUAGUUGGAGAAACUGAGGAACAUGUUGUGGUCUUUGAUUUGUGUUCUCUUUACUAAUGUUCUGCAUCCAGAGAUUAAAUACCUUACUCGGCACAAUUUGCAUAAACUUUCCCUAGCUUUAUCCAACAAUUAUAGACACAAUGGAUUGAUUAGCUCUCCAAAUCUGUCGGCCCAAAUCAUUUACAACGUCAAAUCGAAUAUGUUAUAUGAAGACCACAGAUUAAAAAGGGGGAAUGUCACAGAAUCCUAUAUUUGCAGAAGAGGAGAAUUAAAGUUUCAAACCCUGUAUCCUUAACAAAAGUGAAAAUGUCAAAAAAAUAAAUUUAUUUUUCCUAAUAUAUCGACAAUAUUCGACACUGCAUAAAGAAACCCUUGCGAAAUAUUACAAUGAAUAAAAAAUGUUUUAUUGUCGUUGCUACAUUUUGUAAAUUGCAAGAAGGGGAUAUGUCCACUUUGGUUCACUCAAUCUACAAUGUAAUCGUCUUGUUUUUUCCAGUGCGUUUUUUUCUUCGAGUUCCUACGUCGGAAUUAUUGCUUUCUUGAUUAUGAGGGAGUGUAGAAUAAAACUCAUCGGCCUCCGGAUUGCAGCAGAAUCGCUUCAAACAUUGCAGGUCUUUAAAUUUUUCAGCACUUAUAGGUAGCAUGUCUAAAAAGUUUUUGAUUAUGUCAUGCAGUUGUUUUACAAACUUUAAAAGCCUACCUUUGUACAAAUACUGUUUAUGCAAAGAAUAUUUAGGUUUUGACAAUUUAAAAAUACUUUAUUUUAGUUAUAUAAUUAAAUAUUUGUAAUUAAGAGCUUGAAGUUGAAACAAAUAUUAACAUAAUACUGUUUAAAUGUGUUUCCAAAAACUUUCGAUCAAGAAGUUAUGUUUAAAAUGAGGUAGAGACUUGGGGGAAUUAGUUGUAAAUUUAUUUAUUUAGCAAAACAAUGUAUUAAAUUAAAAUAAUAAUAAUUAAGCAUCAGUGUUAUGUCCGUACUUACAUACUAAUAUAUUAUUUUAGAAUAUUAUAAAAUAUCCACCUUCAGUUACAAUUUUUUUCGACUUCUUUAAUUUACUGAUGGCAGUUUCAUUAAGCUUUGCAUAACAAAUUUACUUGUCGAAAUAAAUGAAAUUAUUGCAUGCUAUUAAUAGUCUAAAGAGUUUAUUUGUCUUUUUUCUAAAUCAAACCAGAGUAAAAGUACUUCAGAAAACACAAAUUUAUUUAAGAAAAUCACAGAAUUAUACGCCAACUGAAUGUCAACAAACAAUUCAACACCGAUGAUGACGUUAGAUGACAUUUCAAAGGUCUUCUAUCCCCUCCAAAAUUUCUAAGACAGGUUAAAUAGAAUUGAGCGAUCCUUUGUGUCUAUAAUCCUUGAGUUUUAUGAAAAACUUGUGAUAUAAACACAGUUACCUCUUUGACAUUAUUCAGAGGAAUCAGUUAUAUUUUGUUAUCCGAACAUAAUUUAGCAGUUGAUUUUUUUUAUUUUCAUUUGAGCAUUUUCCUAACAUUUGCAGUCUGUGUGAAAGGAAUGUAAAGAUAUUUUGAAUUGAAGCCAUCUUCCAAAAACUUUAGAUAUAAUUUUAUUUUUACUUUUUAAAUUACUAGUUAAGUAUAAAUUGAGUUCAUCCUAUAUAAUAAUUUUGUUACUAAUUUAUUACCUAAGUGCUUAUUACUUCCAAGUUUCUCAAAAUAUUGGAAAAUUUUGUAAUUAGGUUUUAAUUAAAAAUUAUUUUGUUUGUUAUUUAAUUGUUAUAUUCGAUUAUUAUUUUGCUAUCAAUUGAUUUGAUAAUACUUCAAACAUUCCAUUGCUACGUAUUUCUGUACACUAUGUUAAAUCAAUUUAAUAAAACUUUUUUCAUACUGCACUGUCGACUUUACAGUAGUUGUACUUUACAGUACUCUUGAAUUCUCCCAAUCCCGUUAGAAGUAAUUAGAAAUAAAAAAUCAAUUAACAUGAAUAACUAAACUUUUAUUCUAAUUUUUGAAUGAUAACAGUAAUGGUGCAACUACUGUUACCAGAAACAUUUAUUGUAGGAAUUUAAUGGGGAAUGGGGUUUAACACUUGUACAAAAGAUUUACUCCCUUGUAUCAUUCUUGCUAUCUUCUUUCUGUUCUCGAUGGAUUCUUCCGCAUAUUUUUCAGCCACUUAUGAACUCUUCCAUCCACUAUGCCGUUUUAAAACAUUGAUAUCAGCCCCAGCGUUGACGAAGUCCUUCUGAAGCAAUGUCCGGUGUACUUUUCUGGAUGCUCAAAAUUAAGGAAUUCUUUUAGGUGCCCCGCCAACAGUGUGUAGUCCAACUCUUUGGCCUAACCAUAAUCAUUGAUUGACCGUCGAGUAUUUAGACCAUAAUGAAGAGAUAUUGAGGUUUUUGUUACUGAAAGUCUAAGGUUUGAAAAUAAUGCUUCUAAAAAACAACUGUUCUUACCACAUAAAAAAAUAAGCCAACAUCACAUUUUCAUCAGCACUUUUUACCUCGUAUUUCUAACGCCAGUCGCAAAACUACGGACCGUCAAUGUGUUUUGAAAUUAGACCUUGUUAGUCCAUGGGGACCGUCAUAAUACACCUCAUUCUAAAUGAUUGUGUGGACCGUUGAACCGUAGUUACCAUGUACGUUGGUAUGAGCCCGUUAAGGUUCAAAAAAAUUAUAUAUUAUAUAGACCAUAUAUAAUAAUAAAUAUUUGGUCUCUGGAUCAAAGCAAAAUGAAUUGUUGUCGAAUUCGAAGUGUUUUUUCAUAUUUUGUGAAUACAAAUAAAACUUAAACAAGUAUAUUUCAAUGUUAUAAUUUGAAACUGUACAGGUACAUUGGUGGUUCUCCUACACAUCCCACUGAGUCGCCUUUCUCCCAUCUCUUUGGGAUAUUAUCUUAGAACAGUUAGAACAAAAAAUUUCUUUACAAGAAAUUUUAAAAAUUGUGCAUGCCGCUUAACGUUUUGAAAACAAGACUAAAUGAAUUGCUAUAAAAGGGUUAAUAGCAUGGUAUCAAUAAAGAUAUGAACAAAUUAUUUCAUUUCAUACACUGCAGACGUUUAAACAUGAUCAACAAUAAUUGAAAUUAAAAAAAGGUUACAUUUACAGUUAAACAAAAAUUAUUUGUGUGAGAUGAAGAAAUGCACUCAGAGUUUCUCUCUUUACAUCUGGUGAAUAAUACUAAAAUUUUAUUAUUACAUAUUUCCAAAAACUACUUGUUUAAUGUUAUAGAGUCUAAAAUAAUCAAAUCAAAUGUUAACUAGGGAUAAUUUUAGAAUUCUUAUUACUUAAAGUUACUCCACAUAAUUAUUUUAUAAAAAUAUUUUAAUCCCAAGAUCAAACUGUUAUUAGUUUCAAUGUAACAUGAAUUUAUAGACAUAUUUAAUACUGUUAACUAGUGCCUUUUCCAAAAAAUAUGUGAUUAUUUUUUUAUAUCUUCAAUAAAAUUUAUAAU